UUCAGAGAUAUUAACUAGGCGGUAUCAGCACUUAGUCGUGAUGACUGAAUGUUUGACAGUGGUUUAAAUCUGCCUAUACAUGCAGCCUCUCGGAUUGUUUUCUGUCUGUUCUGUUUCCUGCAGCGAUUAAAGAAGACGAGCCGCAGCCCCCCCCACACAUUAAAGAGGAAGAGGAGGAACUGUUCCCAUUCACCCCUGUCCCUGUGAAGAGUGAAGAUGAUGAAAAGAAAGGGCUUCCUCAGAGACAAACUGAACACAUGGAAACAGAGACUGAUGUCAGCGUUGAUAGUGAUUUCUGGAAGGAGACCAGAGAGCCUCAGUCAAGUUUAAACUCUCUGAAAGAUGAGGAAGUUCCUGUCACUGAAGAGAGGCAUAAAACGGACAAGAAAUCUUUUGGCUGCUCCGAGUGCGGGAAGAGAUUUGGUGCCGUCGGAGAUCUGAACCGACACAUGAGAAUCCACACAGGAGAGAAACCGUUCAGCUGCUCCGUCUGCUGCAGAAGGUUUUUGAGCAGCACACAUCUGAAAACGCACAUGCUGACUCACACAGGAGAGAAACCCUUCAGCUGCUUGUUCUGCGAUAAAAGAUUCAGACACUCAGGGAAUCUGACGGCGCACAUGAACAUCCACACGGGAGAGAAACGCUUCAGCUGCAGCGUCUGUGACAAAACAUUCACCUGGCGGCAACAGGUCAAAAAACACAAAUGUGUUCAGUCGUCACAGCUUCAUCAGAGACAGAGUGAAGACAAGACGGCAGACUUUUAAAUGGUAACUUUGUUAUUGCCAUGUUUCUGUGUCUACAGUAAGUGUCUGAUGGGAACAAAAAUCUUUGAAACUGGUCCAGUAUUAAACAAGAAACAAGCUGUAAUGUAACCCUACAGGACAAAUGUUCAGCAUC